CACGCGAUUUCCGGGAGCCCGUCAGGAAGGGACAUAAACAAAACAAACCCGAACAGCAUGGAGGGGCCGGGCCGGGGCCGGAGGCAGCGCCGGGGCCGAGCGGGCGGCGCCCGGUGCUGAGGCGCCCCCUCCCCCGCGGGCCCGGGGAGGUGCCAGAAAUUUACAAAGAGAAGAGCUCCAUGUGGGUGAACUGAAGAUAUACUAGGUUUAAACUUGAGUCCCUUUCAUUACAUGAGUUGCAUGUUACCCACUGACACUGAAGUGAAGCUGGAAAAAAACCUACAAGUUAAGAAAACAAGAAGUUUGGAAUUGGAUUUGGGGGAUCUGGGCUUGGAAAUGCCUCAGCCCAGUGUGAGUGGAAUGGACCCUCCUUUUGGGGAUGCCUUUCGGAGCCACACGUUUUCAGAACAGACGCUGAUGAGCACAGAUCUUUUGGCAAACAGUUCAGAUCCUGAUUUCAUGUAUGAACUAGACAGAGAAAUGGACUGUCAGCAGAGCUCCAGAGACAACUUCCUUUCUAUGGAGGACUGCAAAGACAUUGAAAACCUGGAGUCUUUUACAGACAUUCUGGGUAAUGAAGCAUUUGCCUCAAACUGGGAGCAGUGGGACACAUACUGUGAAGAUCUAACCAAGUAUACCAAACUAACCAGCUGUGACAUUUGGGGAACAAAAGAAGUGGAUUAUCUUGGCCUUGAUGAUUUUUCAAGCCCAUACCAAGAUGAAGAGGUGAUAAGUAAAACUCCAACUCUGGCCCAGCUUAACAGCGAGGACUCUCAACCUGUCUCAGAUUCACUUUAUUACUCAGAUUCACUUUUUAGUGUAAAACAGAACACUCUAACUUCUCUGCUACCUGGCAAAAAGAUCACAAGCAGAGCAGCAGCCCCAGUUUGUUCCUCCAAAAAUGUUCAGGCUGAGGCGCCUUUGUCAGACUGUGUUCAAAAAGCGAGCAAGCCCACAUCAAGCACACAAAUCAUGGUGAAGACCAACACAUACACUAAUGAGAAAGUGAACAUUCAUGUUGAAUGUAAAGACUAUGUUAAAAAAGCAAAAGUAAAGAUCAAUCCAUUGCCACAGAGCAGACCGGUGUUGAGCCAGGCCCAUGCAGAUGCAGCAAAAGAAAACACCUGCUACUGUGGAGCUGUGGCAAAGAGACAAGAAAGGAAAGUGGUAGACUCCCUUCAGACUCCUAGUACUCCUCCUGUUCUGCCUUUUAAAGAGACUCAGGAGCUGCUCCUCAACCCACCCCAGGAAACUCCCGGGCUAAUUGUGGGGGAGAGCAGCCUUGCUGCCAGUACGUGUGCGCCAGAUUCUUCACAGAAGAAAGAAGAGCACAAUUAUUCUCUUUUUGUCACAGAUAGCUUGGGUAAUCAGUCAAUCAAAAGAGACCCUGAAGAGGAGGAGGAUGAGGAGGAGGAUGUUGAAGAUGAAGACCAUGAUGAAGGAUUUGGCAGUGAGCACGAGUUGUCUGAAAAUGAGGAGGAGGAGGAGGAAGAUUAUGAAGAUGACAAAGAUGAUGACAUCAGUGAUACUUUCUCUGAACCAGGAUAUGAAAAUGAUUCUGUGGAAGAUUUAAAAGAAAUGACUGCAGUAUCUUGCCGGAAAAGAGGCAAAAGAAGAUAUUUUUGGGAAUAUAGUGAACAACUGACUACAUCUCAACAAGAAAGAAUGCUGAGGCCAUCUGAGUGGAAUCGAGAUACAUUACCAAGUAAUAUGUAUCAGAAAAAUGGACUCCAUCAUGGAAAAUAUGCAGUGAAGAAGUCACGGAGGACUGAUGUGGAAGACUUAACUCCCAACCCUAAAAAGCUUCUCCAGAUCGGCAAUGAGUUAAGGAAACUGAAUAAGGUGAUCAGUGACCUGACGCCAGUCAGCGAACUACCCUUAACUGCUAGACCAAGAUCAAGAAAAGAAAAGAACAAACUAGCUUCCAGGGCUUGCAGACUAAAGAAGAAAGCCCAAUAUGAAGCCAACAAAGUCAAAUUGUGGGGUCUCAACACAGAAUAUGAUAAUUUGUUGUUUGUGAUCAAUUCUAUAAAGCAAGAAAUUGUUAAUCGAGUGCAGAUCCCUAAAGAUGACAGAGGAACCAACAUGGAACAGAAGCUUGAUGUACUCGUUAAAGAUACUCUUGGACUACCUGUAGCGGGACAAACAUCAGAGUUUGUGAACCAAGUUCUAGAGAAAACUGCAGAAGGAGACCCCACUGGUGGCCUUGUAGGGCUGCGAAUACCAACGUCAAAAGUGUAACAGACAUCACUUCACCUGUUCUCAUUGGUCAGAGCUCUACCUGUGUUGUCAAGUACUCCAUUGUAAAUUGCAUUCUGGUCUGCAUGUCCGUUUUUAGCAUUAUGUAAACACUUACAAUUAGGUUCCAUUGUUUUUUAACAACAAUGUAGUAAGAUAAGUGAAUGCAUGGUAUAAAAUGCUUAAUAGCAUUUUUGGAGCAUAAACCAUAUAGUUUUAAAGCUGCUUCCCACACAAAUGCAGAGAUUAGGAGUCUUUAAAAUUUAAGUAAUCUAGGACCAGGUUAUAUAAAUUUGGUUUUAGAAGCAAAAAUAUAUUUUUGGUAGUGAAAAAUCUUAGCAAAUACCAAACAUUGUGGCAGGUUUAUGCUCCAAGUAAAAUUAAAGAAGAAGCAUUUUUUUGCAAAUUGUCAGAGUUUGGUAUUUUUUCUAGAAUUAUUGCUUUUUUGGUUCUAAAAAGAAUAAAACCAGUAAGCUUUCUUUGCAACCAUUAACUUGUACAUAGCACACCUGGCAUUAGAGCUAGUGUGCCAUAUAAGACUUUAAUUUUAUGAGCUUAAUAUGGUAUUUAAAUGUCUGUGCAAGUAAGAGAAAAAAGUAUAUUCUUUGUGCCUUGUAUUUUUGGGGGAGAGCUAUAAGUAUAAGCUGGUUUAAAAAAAAAAAAAUUUUUUUUUGUUUUGUACAAUGAAAACCCUGAGGGGGGGAAACGAGAUGUAUAGAGAUGGUAAGAUUAUGGAUUUUAAUGUAUUUGUUCCAGCUCUUACAAAUUUUUGAAUGUAUAUAGGAAUAUGUUGAAAAUGUAGAUAUAUGCCACAGAGUCUAUGUAUUGUAUAAAAGAUGGCUCUAGAAAACUCAAUUUCGGUACUUGGCCGGAAGAAAACAAAUACUUGCACAUUUAAUGCGAUUGUUUAUUUUUGUACCAAAGACAAAUGCAACUGAUAUGGCAAACUGCCAGUCUAAGUAAAGUUUUGCACAGCUUACAUGAUACUGUACUGAAUGUAAAAAAGAAAAAAAGAAAAAAAAACAAGAAAAAAGAAAAAAAAAACAAACCUAAAGGUCAGGGUUAGGGAUCUUACUGAACUGUGAAUUUUUUUUGUUUGGGUCCAAUUAUCUACAGAAGGAGCAUUCAUACAUAAUAUUAUUUUGCUGUUCCUGUAGUUUGCUAGUAGAUAAGUUGGUGGCCAUCUUGGAGUCUUUAAAUCUUUGUUUUCUCUGCACUUACUGUAGGAAAUUUUAAUAUAUUUGGAUUUUAGUAAGCUAUUAGUAAAAUAGUUUUCAAUUUUGAGAAUUAAAAAAAUAUAUUUAGCUUGUUGUAGUAUACUUCCACCAAACAACCAAAAUAAAAUUAUUUUUAUUGUAAUGUGUAUAUAUGUAAAGAAGAAAAAAGAGCUACAAAUAUCUAAUUCCUUAGUUGCCACUUUUCCAGUUGAUGUAUUAUUAUGCAUGUGGUGUUUCCAAGGAUCAACACAGGCUUAGAAAGAAAAACAAAAAAAAUUUAUAGACUUUUAUAUUUUUGUACAGGUAUUUCAAAACUAGCUUCUUUAAACUUAUGUGACCUUAUUCUUGUUAAUUCAGUAGUUUCUAUGAUUGGAGAAUAUUAACUCACAGUUCUUAUUUGCUCUUCUGAUCAUAAGUCGGCUUUGUUAGUCAGUGUUAAAGUACAAAUUUAAAAGCUUUAUCCCUUGACGAGGAAGUCAUUUAUGUCAAGGCAAGAUCAUUCUCUGGUUUCAAGGACCCCUUUCCUCCCCUCUUCUUUCUUUUUAUUUAAAGAUGACAAAACACUGUUUACUGAAAAUAGAAAUACCAAAUAUUUUAAAAUGAUAUAUGUAGCUGCUGGGGGAAAAUGCAAAAGUCCAUGAAGGUUUUCUGCCCACUCCCUUUGGGGGCUUGCUCCACUUCAUUUACAAUUUGUCUAAGUUUCUUUGUACUGUGAUUCAUUUAUGUUAUAUGUAGGGUUGGGGUUUUUUGGGGGUUUUUUUUGGGGGGGGUUGGGUUUUUUUAGAUCUAAGCUCUUUAUUGCAUGAAGUCAUAAAUCUCAAAUAGUAGAAGGUAGGAGUGGGAGAUGAAGAUGGCAAUCCUGCCACAUGGGUGUAGUGUGUACACGACACACUGUAUCCUGAUACUCUGGAAGACUCAAAAGGGGGAAAAAGCCAAAAUACCACUACUGGGCUGUACCAUAAAGUUUUUUUCAUUCAUGAUUGAAAAAGGCCCCACAGCUAGUUAAUCAAAGCUUUGAAAAUCCUCUUAAAGGAUUUGCAAGAUUUGAGUGAGGUCUGUUUGUUUUUUGUUAGCCUUGGGAAGAAGUGCAGGUCUCUGCUUCAGAGCAGAGCCUGGUGGCUCAUAUGCAUCCAUCCUGGUAUUCCAGUUAUACCAGAGAUGCAUGUGGCCAACAAAAACUCGACUAAGAAUGUUUUGUUCUUUGGAAUUUCUGAGGCCAUGUCUCUAGUAAUGCUGAUAGUCCUUUCUGGAGAAUAGCCUUUAAAACAUUGUUGAGACCAGGAAGGUGCUAAUGCUCUAUGAGAACUGUGUGGGCAUGGUAAUAUUUGAUUAUGAUGACACCAGUGUUUGCAGUUAGGUAAGAUUGUAUGUGACAGAUUUUAAACUGACAAGGUAUAAAAUAUAUGCCCCUUUCCACUGCUCAGGUAGACUGAGCAACCAUUGCUUUAUAACGUUUUUUUGUUUGUUUGUUUUUGUCUGAAAACCAGAAUAUGAUUUUGGUCUAGCAUUUCAAAAAAGACUUUGAAUCUCUUUAGUGGAUUCCAUACCUUUUGCAUUUCAGUGUUUUCUAUGUAUUAUUUUAAGUUAAAGCUUUUAAAUAGUUGAGCUUUUUAAUGUUGACACUUUAUUUUGUACCUAUUUAUAUAUGUAUCUCUUAGAAAAGCACUUUGUUUAAAAAGAUUUUUAAAAAAAAAGAAACUGCAUUUUAUAUGAUUCCUGCCACUUGCUGCUAACUCUGGGCUGGUCAGAAUGCUGCAGCGAUACUUGAUCUAAAUAAAACCUGGCAGUAAAAUGUAGAGUAAAGUUAAGACCUGUGUUGGUUUAACUUUUAUUAUAAAGAUGACAUAGGCAAGCUGUGCAGCUUUACAUUUUAACCAGGGGACUCUGUGGCAUUUAAACAGUCUAGAAAUGGUUGUACUUUAAUGCCAGUAACAAUCUGCUUCCUCUAGUGUCAUUAAAAUAUAUUCAUUUAGUGUAUACUUAUCACAAACAAAUCUUAUAAGGGUAAAGAAAAUGUACAUGUUCUGUUUGGGUUCUUUUUUCCUUGUUUGAAAUUGUGGCAUGCAUUUCUGGAUGAUCUUUAGAGGAGAACUCGCUAAAGGUUUUCAGUGUUCAUACAUGGUAUGUGGAUCUUAAUGAAGUCCUGGAUUUUUUUUUUUUAUUUUAAUUUUGAGUGUAGGCAUUGUGAAUAUUCACUUUAAUCCUGUAUCCAAAAACAAUUAUACAGUUUUUGAUUUAAUAAAUACAACAGCUCUUCCUUUUUCUGAUUACACUGGAUUCUCUAGACCUUAUUUCCAUAUUAAAGCAUGCUGUCAUGUUGCUCUUGUUAAGAUCUUGUCAGUCUGGACUUAGGUGCCACACUUUUUUGUUUUUUUUAAUCUAUAUGGACUGCUUCUUCUACUGUACCAUGUAUGAUUCUUGUCCUUUCUUAUUCCUUCAUGACAGAUUAUGAUGUGGCUUUAUAUUGUGCCUUACUUGUACAUCUAGAACUAAAUGUUUAUUUUUCAUUCCCUUGAACUGCUUAAGCCCUCUGACCCUUCUGAAAGCAAAUCAGAACUAUGAUAACAAGCAUGAUGAAGGGACUUCAAACGGAUCUGAUUUCAGCUCCGCUCAAUAAUCGCUUGGUGUAGAAUACCAGUUUUCAGUGGCCUUGGGAGAUUUGGGGAGGGGAGAGCACUAGGGCUAAAGAGUAGUAUUUUUUUACUAUGUCCCUUCCUAGCUAGAGACUUUUUUUUUCUCUCUCCCCUCCCCCUCCCAUAAGUUUAUGAAUCAGUUUUCUGAUUUUUUUUUAUUGGGGGGGGUCAGGGAUAAGAGCAAUUAUCAAGUCUCCAUAUAGCUAUGGAUGGGCUUAAUUCUCCUGUCAUAUCCAUGUAAAUAAAGAGUACCAACAUUGGCAUCGGUGAAGCUACAUUGUACUGAUGGGAGAAUUGGGCCCAGAUGUGCUCUGUUCAUCGACCUGAAUUUAGAAAACUUUCCACUACAAGAGCAAAAUUGUUUCUUGGUAAAACACAGGAAAGUCUUUUUAAGUAAUCUAAAAAGAUUCAGAUAUUUCUGAAAUAGUGCUGUCAUUUUGGGUUUCUUUUAAAAUUAUCUGAUGUUUGCCUUGUAUUAAUAAAAUGAUGAGUGUAUUCACAAAAAUGUCAAGAAUGGAUGUGCUUUUCUUAUCCAUAGGGUUUGUUUUUUGAAGCCAAUAAGAUCUUCACCUACCUACUUUCAAAGGGUUGUAUACAAGUUGCCUUCAGAAGAAAAGAUAGCAAAUAGUUUUGUUCCUCAAAUUUGCUUAAUAGUCUUCCUGAAAUUCUGUUGAGGCAUAGCCCAACUUGCGUAUCAUGAACUUAGGAUCUGUAUUUGGCCGUGACACCUGAAUUUCAAGAAAAUGCAUCUAAUCAUGAUUCUUUGUUUGAAAGUAAAAGGCUUCCCUUGGGUAGCAUCUCUUUGUCUGCUUACCAAAUGAAGCCUUGGCUUAUCCACAACAGCCUAGUAAAGAGCUAGUUUAUUUUGUUUACCCCAGGGAUCAUGUAAAGUACAUUUCAAACAGUUGCUGCUGCAGUGGCUGAUUUCUUCAUGUAACUGUGUUAAGGGCAUUAGCAUGUUGAAAAAACACCACUCUGAAAUCUCUCCGUGUGAAUUGGGGUGUUUAAAUGUUAACAUUGCAGAGAUGGCACUUUAGGCCAGGUACAGACAUUACACUUUUAUGCAUAUAAGUGAUCAGAAACUGGUCUGUACUCAGAACAGAAGUUCAGCGCAUGCAGAUUGGGUUUCACCAUUUUUAAAUCCAGUCUAUUUGUCCCUCUGCUCCCCACCAGAGGGCAAAUGUGUGUUCUGUUUGCUAUGGAUCUAAACUACGCUGUUUACAGAAAACGGCAUAACUUAUCAAUUCUGCUUAGGGUUUUUAAAAUGUCUGUACCUAGCCAUCGAGUAUAUAUAUAUAUAUAUUUUUUUUUUCCUCAUAGCAUCCAAAAAACCUUCUAUAUUCUUUUACUGACAUUUGAUAACAUUUUACAACAUCCCGUUAUUCUCUAAUGCUUCUCACAGGGUGAAAAAGUGUGCACACUGAAUUUAUACUCCUCAGCUGCUUAAACAUUUGUGAACUUCCACAAUAGCAAAUCCUGAUCAUGUAUUUAUUAUCUUUCUGUUGAGUAGUGGAUCUAAAAAUAAGGCCAGAGCUAUUUAAGCCAAAUCACAACUUUCUGUUGAUCUGGACAAAAAUCUUUAUCAUUCGAUUUAAAUAGGUUUUACACCACCAUAGCCAUAUUGUGGCUGCAAGGCAUGUUAGUGGAGUUAGGAACAUUAGGAGAGUCAAUAUCUAAAGCCAAGCCAGGAUGAUUAGAAGCUAGAAGUGUAGGAAUAACUCUUGGGUUGCAUUUUUUUUAACUGACAAAUGCAUUUCCUUCCUUUUUAUUAUGCCAUCUUUUUUUUUCCCCUCUCCUUAACUUUAAAAAAAACAAAAAAGCCUAAUGGCAUAUGUGUACCUGCUCCUUUUAUACUUUGUGUAUACUACUGUGUAUUCCACUAACUGCUUUCUUGUUUGAACCACUCUUUCCUCCCUUUCAGAAUGCUUCACCUAUGUGUAAGACAUCUUGUAUUUGUGGUUGAGUGAACUCUAAGGCUGAUAGCACAUGCGGACCUAGUGAACUGUUUAAAAGGCAACAUUAAAUCAUUUUAAUUAACAAAACAUGGCAACCUGCUCUGCCUAUGUUUGGGGUCAUGACUAUAAUGCUGUUCUUGAUAUUCUGUUGUCAGUUUCCGACUGGAGCUCAGAAAAACUUACUGAAAGUCUUGUCUCUGUUAGAAUCUGAUUUUUUUUUCUUUUUUACUUUGUUAAAAGCAUGAUCUGUUACAAAGAGUUACAAUGUUUAAUGUUGGUUAAUAGUUGUGCAGUUUUUCUUUUUUUUUUCCAAAAAGAGGCACAAUUAAAAUAUAUUGACUCUGUUUACUGUCACCCUUGAUCCCUAGCACUUUUAUUCAGAUACAGACUCAUCAAUGUAUGCAACAUUCUUUGUAAUUUAAAAUAAAAAAUUGUGGAGGAAAAUA